AUGAUAUUGGUUUGCAGGGCACUCAAGGACUGCCUUGAAGAUUUAAGCAUGUAUGCAUGGAUAAGUGUUAUUCAUGGUUUCUACACAAAAACACUCGCUAUCGCUCCUCCAGUGGAAAUGGAGGACGACUACUGGAAUAAUCGGCAAGUUCCUCUGCAACAAUCUGCGGGUGCGCUGAAACGACCUCGCACAGAAUAUGAUCUCCCGCCAUCUAGGGUGCCUGUCGGUCGUGAAAUGCAUUAUAAUUUGCUGGUUCCGAAUGAUGAUUAUAGUGGGUCCCCAGUAAUGAAGGAUACACAAUCAAUUGGUUCAGCAUAUGAUCAUUAUCUUCAGAAUUUGCAAUUACCUUCUGAAGAAAGUAAUCACUACAGUGGAAUGGGGUUAGGAAGAUCUGGUGGUGGUGUACCUGCUCUUCCAGUACAUGAUCGCAUUGUAACGGGGCGUCCUGGGGGUGGUGGUCCAAAACCAACACCAAAUGGAAGUGGCAUGGGAUUUGGUGAUCCACUUCCAGUAGAUACAAUUGUCAGACCUCGGGAAACCCUCCCUCUACCUCCAGAUGCUUCCAGCACGCUGUACAUUGAGGGGCUUCCUCCUAACAGCACCAGAAGGGAAGUGGCUCAUAUUUUCCGUCCCUUUGUAGGGUACAGAGAAGUACGACUUGUAAGAAAGGAUUCGAAGCAUCGUGGUGGAGAUCCUCUUGUCCUUUGUUUUGUGGAUUUCAUAGACCCUGCGUGUGCAGCAACUGCUUUAAGUGCUUUGCAAGGUUAUAAGAUGGAUGAACAAGAUCCAGAUUCUACUCACUUGCGACUGCAAUUCUCGAAGCAUCCAGGUCCUAGGUCUGCCCCUGGACCUCGUGGGAGGCGGUGA